AUGGAGAAUUUACAUGCACCCACGGUCCCCUCAGGUCCUACCUCUAAUCCAGCUGGCACGAAUGGCAUCCAAACAGCUGGCUUGACAUUCACGCAACUCCAAACAAAGAAGGACAAUAUCGAGGCUGAACUUCGAGCUUUGGGUAGUGUGCUAGAGUCUCAUCGCGUUGAUAUGAAUACUAGCCUCAUCACAUCUGAUGGCUUUCCUCGAGCAGACAUCGAUGUGGCGCAGAUUCGGACAACGAGGUCGCGCAUCAUAUAUCUCAAGAACGACUACAAGGCACUUAUGGCUGUUAUCGAGAAGCACAUACAUGAACAUUUUGCUCGGCAGGCAGAACUUGGAAUAGCGGAGGAACUCGCAAAUGGCACGACCGGUACGGAUGACCGAGCCUCCUCUGUGUCCCACCCGCAGCAAAUCCUCGGACCUCCUUUUGCGAAGGUCAAUAGUGUGGUCGAUGGAAGCCCCGCCCAUUCUGCGGGUCUGAAGGCCGGAGACCAGGUAAGGAAUUUUGGCUACGUUAAUAUCACGAACCAUGACGGCUUGAAGAGGGUAGGAGAAUGCGUCCAGGGAAAUGAAGGAGUAAGCUUGUUUCCCCCUCCCAUAAUGGAGCCCGAGCUAAUGGCCUCGAAGCGCAAUAUUCUUGUCCAGAUAUCCCGAUCUUCUGGAGGUGCCGAGACACAAGAAUUACAACUAACUCUAAUGCCAAGACGUAAUUGGGGUGGCCGAGGCAUGUUGGGCUGCCAUAUAUUACCAUUAUGA